AUUCACUUUCUCUUAUUCCAGUAAUAUGGUUCGCAUCACUCUUGCUUCUCUUGUUACCCUUAUGGCUGCUGCUGGCAUGGUCAAUGCCAAAUCAACUCACUCAAGAACCAAAGGUAGAGCCUUUGAUCAUAUCCUUCAAAUCUGGUUUGAAAACCAAGACUUUGAUGUCGUUGCAAAAGUGCCUGGAUUUGCCAACCUUCAUAAGCAAGGUAUCCUUUUGGACAACUUCAAUGCCAUCACACAUCCUUCUGAACCCAACUAUGUGGCUGCUGCUGGUGGUGAUAACUUUGGUAUCACAAAUGAUGACUUGUACAAUAUUCCCGCCAAUGUCAGUUCUAUCUUUGACUUGCUCGAAGCUAAGGAUUUGACCUGGAAGGUCUAUCAAGAAGAUAUUCCUGCUGUUGGAUUCACUGGUUUCAAGGCAGGUAAUUAUGUUCGUAAGCACAACCCUGCCAUCAUCUUUGACUCUGUUGGGUUGAACAAGACCCGUGCUGCUAAUGUAGUUGGUGCUGAUGAACUCUUGAAGGACAUUGAAUCCAAUACGCUUCCCAAUUGGAUGUUUUAUACACCCAACAUGUUGAAUGAUGCUCAUGAUACAAAUGCUUCUUAUGCUGGUCAAUGGCUUGAAAGUUUCGCCAAGUCUACUUUGAGCAACAAGAAAUUAUUAAAAAAGACAUUGGUCUUGAUUACUUUUGACGAGAAUGCUUCUUACCCUCAAAGAAACAAAGUCUGGUCUCUUCUUUUAGGUAAAAUCCCUCACAAGUUGAAGGGUACUACGGAUUCUACUUUUUACUCUCAUUAUUCUACCUUGAACACGGUUGAACGCAACUGGGAUCUUGGAAACUUGGGUCGUCAAGAUACCAACAAGACCAUGUCUAAUGUGUUUGCUUUUGCUGCUAAAAAAUUACAUUAUACCAACAUUAAGGUCCCUGAAAAUGAAAUUCCUUGGAGCAACAACACGAUUACUGGUUUGCUUACUGGAAAGUCUUAUAACCAAACUCAUACUUCUUAAUGAUGUCCUAUUUAAAUAAAAUGUAUCUAUAAUUAUUAACGAGUUGUAAAUGUAAUUGAUUUUGUUGAAAGACAUAAGACAAAUGGUAUUUUGCAAUAUGCUAAGGCUUAUCAAACGUAUUGGUUGUUUCACGGCAGCUUUUUAUCCGAUAAAGCGAGCCUAUCUUUGUAAUAUUUUAAGUAAUAAAGGUAGGACAAGAUUGUCAACACUCC